GCUGAUGUGUGAUGGGACGCCAAGGUGAGUCAGUCGACCUGCUGUCGUGGUUGUUUCCAUUACUGUUCAACACUUCAUAAGUAAUGGUCGUACCUAUUUGUGGCAGAGUUCGUGUUUAUGAACUUGUUUCACCCUGAUGUAGAGACAUAAUUACAGCCUUCCACCAUGCUGGCCAGUGAAGACAGUGAUGCAGGUAAAAAGGUUAAUAAAAUGACCUGUAACCGGUGUGGUGGCCCUAUAUUUAAAUUAGAUUUUAUAUCUAAAACAGAAACCAGCCAAGAGGAGCUGCCAAUCACUAGCUGGAGUGAGCUGUCUAUCAUAGAGUGUUUUGGUCUCAACAGUGUGGAGAUGUCAGAGAAAGAUCUGGAGGCCGCCUUCCUUCAGAUCGCCCUGGCUUUCCGCUCUGAUCAGUACACCCUGAAACAGAGGCUGCAGGCAGAGGAACACGCUCGCAACCUGGCUGAGGAGAACAUCCAGCUGGAGCUGUCCAGAGGCAGAGAGACCCUGGAGACACUAAAGGGCCUGUGCUUGGACAGUAUGCGCAGUAAGGUCCUGCAGAGGCUGGAGCUGUCUCUGGCCAUCCUCGCUGGGACUGUGGAACGAAUCUCCAACACGGCUGAGGUGCUGGGGGCUGUACACCAGGAGGCUCGAGUGAGCCGAGCAGUCGAGCUCGUGGUGGCUCAUGUGGAGAAUCUAAGGAGGCAACAUGACAGAAACGUGGCGGCGCUGCAAGGGGCCAGAGUGCUGAUUGAGCAGCAGAGCUCUGGCAGAAACACCAUCGAUCCCAGAGUGUCCCCAGACCCAGAGGAAAGUGACAACAGGCAGAGAAGUGCUCAGCAGAAUGGCGGUCGUCGAAGGAUCAGUGUGUCAGUCAUUUCCAGUCCAGCCCAAGAGAGAAGGAAGCAAGAUUUGAGGAAGCAGGCUGCUCAUGGAGAGAUUUCCAGCAGGAAGUUAUUCCCUGCCUGCUCUUCUCCGACCAAAGACGACCGCCGCUCAGUGGAUGACAGGCUAUUUGAUCCAGAUGAAACUUCAGCUGCUCGGUUUCCUCUAGACUCUUCUCCCAUCACCAGCCCAGAGUGGCCCACAUCAAAACAGCCUCGUACCAGAAAGAUACAAAACAAAAACUCCCCUCUGGAUACUUUGCGACAGAGACACAAGGGCAAAGCUGGGUUAUCAAAGAAAAAAGCAGACAAGGAUAAAAAGAGUAUGAAUACCAGCCAACAGAUCCCUGCGGGCAUGUGUGGUUCUUUGUGGAGACAAUGUCCUCCGGCUCACUGGCUGCAUUGCUGUCGCUGGGCGCUCCUCUGCAUGUACCUGAUGGUGCUCUUCUGCAUCAUAACAUUGACUUACUAUCUGUGGAAACUCCAUGAUGGAGCGCUUGAACCAUGAUCUGUUUUUUUGGGGGGAAUAUACAGUUAUCAGGAUGUUUUCUAAAUACUGUGACUGUACUGCGAACAUCAAAUUGUGUAG